AUGCGUUCCUUCUUCUCGGUGUGCGCGUCGUUGGCGCUUGUGCAACAUGCUGCCACUCUUGACCUUACCAACUCUGUAUUGUCCCCUUUGUACAACAGCAUCGACUCUCUUCUGAAAGGUGAUGGGCUUUCUGAAGCCGCUUUAGGGGCGCUUGGUGGCGUUCUUGGCGAAGAUCAAGAGUUUGACUACUUAGUAGCAGGAGGCGGUACUGCAGGAAAUGUCAUGGGCACACGUCUAGCUCAGGCUGGUUACAAAGUCGCCAUCAUCGAAGCUGGUGGUUUCUACGAAAUCAGUAAGCCCUUGUUAAGUACUGCCCCGGGAGGCGAUAUCAUUGGCACUGGAUUCAAUACAUUGGAUUCUAUCCCAACUGUUGAUUGGGUUUUCGAGACAGAACCCCAGGCUGGUGCGAAUAACAGAAAGUUCCAUUAUGCUCGUGGGAAAUGUCUUGGUGGCUCGUCAGCCUUGAACUUCAUGAUCUACCAUCGAGGAUCGACUGGCACGUACGAUCGAUGGGCAGAUCUUGUGGGUGACGAUAGCUAUAGACUGGACAACUUCCAAGCGUACUUCAAGAACAGCACGACGUUCACUCCUCCCAACACAAAAAAGCGACCAGCAAACGCAACCAUCGGCACCAAGUACAUUGCCGAGGACUUUGAGACUACACCAGACGGCGGCCCUGUGCAGGUCAGCUACAGCUUCUGGGUUUCAGCUUGGGCAACUUGGAUGGAGAAAGGACUGAAGGCUGUCGGAUUGAAGAGCAUUACCGGCUUCAAUAGCGGCCAGUUACUCGGCUAUCAUUAUACGCAGACAACGAUCGAUCCAAAGACAGCGACAAGAAGCUCAUCCACCCAAUAUAUCUACAAGGCAAGGUCCGAGGGCCUGGAUAACCUCAAGGUUUUUACCAGAACACAAGCCACCAAGGUGCUCUUUGACGAUGAUAAGAAGGCCAUCGGACUUGAAGUCAGCUUCAAAGGUAUCAAAUACACUCUCAAGGCCAAGAAAGAAGUUGUUCUUAGUGCUGGUGCUUUCCAGUCGCCGCAGCUCUUAAUGGUUUCCGGCAUUGGACCUAAAGAGACUCUCAACAAAUUCGACAUCAAACCUGUUUCCAUCCUCGAGGGCGUUGGCCAAAACAUGUGGGAUCACAUCUUUUUCGGACCUUCUUAUCAAGUCGGUUUCGAAACCCUGAACGCGAUGCUGCAAUCUCCCCUUUCUCUUUUGAAAGUAGUCACUCAGUACGCUCUCAGUAAGAGCGGCCCCUUGACCUCCAACAUCAUCGAAUUCAUUGGCUGGGAGAAACUGCCUAAGAAAUACCACACCAAGUUCUCGCCUGAAACGGAGAAGGCUCUUGCUCAGUUUCCUGAUGAUUGGCCUGAAGUUGAGUAUCUGGCGGCGAACGGAUUUCUCGGGAAUUUUGAAUGGCCCAUUCUCCAGCAGCCGAUGGACGGAAAGCAAUAUGCAACCGUGCUCGGGGCGAUGGUAGCUCCUGUCUCCCGAGGAAAUGUCACAAUCACAUCAGCAUCAGCGUUGGAUAAGCCUAUCAUCAACCCCAACUGGCUAACAGCUAAAGCCGAUCAAGAAGCCGCAAUCGCGUGGUUUAGAAGAAUGAGAGAAGUCUGGGAAACGAAGGAGUUGAAGUCAAUUGCAAUUGGCUCCGAAUAUUACCCUGGAAAGAAGGUGCAGACAGACGAAGAGAUCCUGAACAUGGUUCGAGAUUCUCUCAUGACUGUGUGGCAUGCUGCUUGUACAUGCAAAAUGGGCAAAAAGGGAGACGAAACGGCUGUUGUGGAUAAUCUCGCCCGUGUGUUUGGUGUCAAAGGAUUGAGAGUAGUUGAUGCAAGUUCCAUGGCAUUACUGCCUCCUGGUCAUCCGCAAAGCACUAUCUACGCUUUUGCGGAGAAGAUUGCGGAUGAUAUUAUCAAACAGCGAAAGUAG